AUGCUUUCCGACUGCCAGGAUGUCAGGAAUUCUAUUAUUAUCGGCGAUGAGUUUUGGGUCUAUGCUUACGACUUGGAAACAGAUGUUCAAUCGGCGGAAUAUCGUGGCAUAGGUGAGCCGAAGCCGAAAAAAGCACGUCAAAGAAGCUCAAAAAUCAUUAUCGAGUUAUUGCUGUGCCAGGAUGUGGUAGAUGUGGUGUGUGCGGUUAAUCGUCGUAAGCGCAGCAUUUACGGACUGGACUCUAAUGGUCCCUACCUACCCGCGCCGUUUGGACCGGUACCAUUUGCACCUUUCGGUUUGGGUUCACCGUUCGCACAACCACCCUUUGCUUUGCCCUACAGUCCUUAUGCUCCGCCGCCAUAUGCUGCACCGCGUGCCUAUCCCUUCCUACCCGGGUAUCCUUCCUAUCCUUAUCACAAUCCAAUUUUCGCACCGCCACCACCGCCACUGCCAUUUCCGCCGCCUAUUGUAGCGCCUGCCGCACCAGUGGGUCCACCGCCAGCGCCGAUUAUUGUGCCGGCCAAGACAGCCGCCGCACUGAGUAUUGCUUCGAUUAUUCACGCAUUCAUCGCGCGAAAAUUCUAUCCGCCCGUAUUGCCGGUACCUAUUGCUAGGCCAGUGCCAUAUCCGGUGCCUGAGAGGUCUCCAUUAUCUUCAACUUUUCCACGAUUUGGCCCAGUAACGAUGCUGAAGCCGUUACAAUCUGACGCUGAAACGGUUAGAAAUCGAACGGUGAACUCGUGUGCGCAAAAUAUUUCUGAAAUAACGUUCGAAAAUCCAAUAUUACGAGAAGCAACAGUGUCAACCGAAGCACCUUGGCAACCCACAGUGAUUCCCAUAAAUUAGGGAAAUGAAGUUAGUUUACAUUUUCUGUUCAGAAUAUUUUAAUAUGUAAUUUUGUACUGAUAUUUAUUUCAAAAGAGGAGAUAUCUGAUAAAUUUACUUUUUUAACCAAAUAGAUUGCAAACAAAGAACG